AUGCUUUCGUGGGAUAUAUACGCACUUUGCAAACAAUCGCAGACUGUUACUUCUGAGUUGGCACGACAGCCAUCCCAGUGUCCAGCAGCGGUCUUCAAAAAGCUUUACGGAAAUCACCAUCAUGUCUUGUCGAUAUCACGGGAUACUUUUAAAGGCCUUUCAGCAGAAGAGUUCCACGAGAAGAACAAAUUGCAAAGAGCGCAUGCCUGUGGGAACUGGGGUUCAUCAGAGCCAAGCGAGCUAUUCCUCCAUGUCUACCACGAUGCGCUUUGUACCUUAGAAAAAAACCCGAUGGCUGGUGUUGUCUCACCCCCUGUGAUGGGCAGCACAGGUGUCCUUCCUCUAACGAUUGUGGCACCCUUACCUGAUCUUUGCCGUCACCUAGCCAACUGCAUAGUGCGAGCGAAGCACGAAAUCUUCUUAGGAACUAAUUUCUGGAUUCACUCGGAUGCAGCGACGCUGGUCACAAACGCAAUCCGAGAACUGUCUAAAAGAGCUGGGCAAGAGGAGAGAAAGGUCAUUAUGAAGAUGGUCUAUGAUCGCGGCGAUCCGCGUCAGGUUUUGGAGAAUCGGUUGAAUGUUUCUGAAGACCAAUACACCAGCGAAAAAGUUAAACUUCCAUCUGCUAAGGAGAUUCCCAACGUCGAUCUUCAGGUCAUCAAUUUUCACCGCCCUGUCUUUGGAACAUUUCAUGCAAAAUUCACGGUGAUUGAUAGGAAGAUAGCUCUGUUGCAAAGCAGUAACAUUCAAGAUAACGACAAUCUUGAGAUGCUGUCUCAUAUUGAAGGUCCGAUUGUUGAUGGUUUCUAUGAUGCAGCUCUGCUCUCAUGGGGCAAGCCACUAGAUCCACCAUUGCCAUUAUUAAGCACGCCCGCGGGGACUCCGCAGUGUCCAAAUUGCAAUUCAGAUUCCACCGAGGACGUUUGCGAGGAUGCAUCUCGAAGUUUGUUGAAUAUGCCUCAACAUACCACAAGCGAAGAGAAUUACGACAUCGGCUACGAAGAUGAAGCACAGCGGGUGAACAGUAGUACGAUCCCACGAGGAGAGGAAUCUCCAACCCGCGCUGUGACACGACACUUGAAUACAACAAUUCAGCCUGAUACGCUGGGUGAUGCGCCAGACUCUGACCAGGAGCCCCGAAUGACUCCCUAUAUCGUGCUACCUCCCCAUGGACCUGUGCCUAUGGCUUUGAAUGCCGCGUGGCUUGCUGCAAUCAAGCAUGCUAAACACUCAAUCUUCAUACAAACACCCAAUCUGAAUGCGGAGCCACUCCUAGAGCCAAUGAUUGAAGCCGUUCGUCGCGGUGUAAUCAUCACCGCCUAUCUAUGCCUUGGCUAUAAUGACGCUGGCGAGUUACUGCCAUUCCAGAAUGGAACAAACGAAAUGAUUGCGAACAGGCUGUACAAAGCACUUGAAUCCGAAGAAGAAAAGGCCAGGCUCCGGGUUCAUUACUAUGUUGGCAAAGAUCAAACUCGACCGAUCCACAAUUCAUUCAAAAUGCGAAGCUGUCACAUUAAGCUGCUGAUUGUUGACGAGCAGAUUGCGAUCCAAGGAAACGGAAAUCUCGAUACACAGUCCUUCUUCCACAGUCAAGAGAUUAAUAUACUGCUGGACUCACAGCUAAUUUGCAAGCAAUGGCUUGGCGCAAUCGAUAGGAACCAGAAUACGGGAAAAUAUGGUGCUGCGAGUAGCAAAGAUGGUUGUUGGCAUGAUCCGGAAACCAAUGAAAUGCCUCAAGGGUCUAUCGGCACUGACCCAGGACGAUUGAGCUGGGCAAAGGGUGUUGUUGGUGCCGUGAAGCGAGUGCGAGGCGUGGGAGGGUUCUAG